UAAACGACCGCGUUUUCCAUAUUUAUCUGGAUCUAGACCAAUUAUUGUUUACUGAUGACUGUAGCUUCUUGUUUCUACUUUUUGCUGCUAUCGCGAAGUGUUUCGGGACAGUUUCUGCGUGAGAGACGCUAAAUAAGAACUGCUGUUACUGUCGGGAAACGGGCACUACGGUAUUUGGAAAACGCUCGUUCCGAAAUACCCAGCCAGGACUGGACUGUGUUUCUUCUCGUGUCUUAUUCAUGUCUCACGCGGUUGUGGAGUCCAGUGGGUUAUAUUUGUCAGUGUGUUUGAGGAUACUCGGAUUCGACGAGCGUUAUUGGCAUGAACGAUGAAAAGCGAUGGCAAUUGGUUCAGAUAUUUACAGACAAUGACGCUGUGUGCCGGGACAUCGCAUACUGAACUCCAGCUCUGCUCAGCCUCCUCUCCCCUCCCGCAGAUGCACUGGAAGCAGUGGAAUUAGAGUCAUUUCAGAGAAUGGAGAACGCUGGUCUGGGUGGCGCAGGGGUCGUGGGUCCAGCUCCUGGGGGUGCUCUCUGCGUGGUGUAAUUGUGUGUCGUUUCUUCCCACAGUCCAAAGGCAUGCUGGAGGCGUGACGCCAAGGGGCAGAUCAAGCGCGAGCCGUCGCUGGGCAGCUCCUCUCCGGUCUCGGGCAGCAGCGGACGAUGCAGGCCUCCGACGUGUGGGUCCCACAGAGGCCACAGCCCGCGCUCUUCCAGGCGCCCCGCGGCUCCCCCUCCGCCUCGGCGUUGAGCCACCAUGCCCUUGCUGCCCCUGCGGGCGCUGGGUCCGCCGGACCCGCCAGCGCCCCCGGCUCUCCGCAGGACGCUGCCUUGGCGGUCCUGCAGCAGUUUGUGACGGAGAGGAUGUACGCCGAGGGCUCUGCUCCAGGGGCACACGGGCCACAGGCGCCCUACAAAAUAGUGCACCAAAACCCCGCGGCCCCCUCCAGAAGACAGCCUGACCAGUUCGGUGCUCCCGCCCAGUCCGCAAGACCCCAUCGCGCUGUCCACUUUGCCAACGGGCAGUUUCACAACACGGCAUUUGCGCCCAACAGGGUGGUGUUCAGUAGGAAUCCGGUUGCGCCUGGAGGAAACCACGAACCGUCCAAGAGCAGCGGCCUUGUGGCGCAACAGGAACACGGCUGGAACCGUGUCUCCUCCUCCACCGGCCGGCCGAACUACGGCAGACACCCCUCGCUUGCUCUUCCAUUCCAGUUGCACAAUCAGGGUGCUCCCGGUGGGCACGGCAGGUCGGGAUGGAGUGGGCAGCAGCAGUACCACGUGCUUCAGCAGCCUGGACCCCGCACAGAAGCCUUCAGCAGGGCUGGUGCUCAGGGUUUAGCAGGGGCCUCCAGCAGUGAUGCUCAAGCAUGGAGCCCUUCUCCGUCCGCGCCACAGGGCCAGCCGAGGCAGUGGAGUUACUAUUCAUACCCCUUUUCCUCUCUGGGGGACGGCAGCGCAGCUGGUAUCGCUCUUCAGGCAGGGCAGCAGAGGUACCCCGCCAGCCAGGCCUGUUUGCAAGGCAAAGCGAGUGACCGUCCCCAGAAUAUUCCAAACCGACCAGCGGAAAACUCCGAUACAGUUUCUCCUCUUGGGGACGUGCGGAACAGUGGUUUUCCAAGCAAUCAGCCCUUUGGGGCUGUAAAUCCCACUGUAAAUGUUUCCCAGAAUGCCCGUGAAGCUGCAGAAAGCAUCACUGUAAAUGGACGUUUUCUCCCGGCUUUGACGUCCAGCCAGUUCGGGCGCGCUCCUUGCCAUGCUGGCCAGCAGACCCCCACCAGACCGGGCUUCUUGGGUGGAGAUGGGGGCAUGGGCGCUCUAGAGGCAGCGGCCUCCCGAGGUGAUAGCACGGUCUCGGGGGCCUCCGGAAGCCUGGACAGCGGCCGGGGCCACGGUGCUUUGUCCGAGAACAUCCGCCACGACGCCGGGAAACCCCCUGAAACAAACUCCAAUUCCACAUGGCCGUCGUCUGGAUUAAACAGGGAGGCACAGCCACAGCUCCCCCACUUCCCUCAGGUCAAAACCGGCACUAACACACCAACCUUCACGCCCUCCGCCUCCGUGUCCAACACCCCGACAUGCAACUCGCUCCCCCCGGCAGGGCUGCCGCCCCCUCCUUACCCGAGAGGGCUGGAGCAGUCCUAUUUAGUGACCGUGAAGAAGGAUACCCGAGGCGAGGGGUUUACGGCUCACAAUGUGAUUUUGAUUGACAAGCCGUCUUCCGCCGGCGGCACUCGGCAGCUGCCCGGGCGGAGACGAGGCUCGUCCGGUCGGGGCUCCUCGUCGGACUCGCUCCUACGAGGGAGAGGCCCCGAAGCUCCGGGACCGAUGUCCGCCGCACACGUUUCAGACCAGCCCGCCGCUCUGCCGUUGCCCCCUGCAGUCCAGCAGAGAGGCUUGUCUCAAGGGGCAGGAAGGAGCUCCGUUUUUCAGCAGCACAGACACACCCAGGAAAACAGCUUUCUGAGGGACCAUACAGUUAGUGGGCAGCUAGUGGGUAGUAGCAUGGCAUCCACAGCUCUGCCCACUGGUCCUGUUCCACAGAAGAUGAGAGCGUCGGAUGUUAAGUUAAGGAACGAGCUCAGAAAGGGUGUAGCAGAGGUGCUGUGCGCAUUUCUGUCAAAAUGUAAAACAAGCCAGACAGACAUGUCUCCUACCAACAUGCCAGCACAGACCCAAACUGCCAAUUUAUCCCCGAGCCAAAAUGAGUCUCCGAAGGAUGUUGGCACACCUGCCAGAGGGGAAUAUGCUACGCCUGGGAAAGAGGAGUAUAGUCAUAGCCUAAUCGGGAAAUUGCUUUGUUCUUCCUUAUCGCGGGCAAGCGAACCACAGAUUGCCAUUGUGCCUCCGAUAACGCAGAAAUAUGUGGCAUCGCCGGAAAAAUUGAGAGCCUUCCUGAACGCGGAUCACGAUCUCCCAUUUAAAAUUCUGAACGUGUGGUCCCAGCUAGAAGAUCAUGCCAGUUGUUCUGAGCUGCCCAUUAAGGAGGACUUUGUUAGUUCCCUUGCAAGUGCACAUUCUGAUGGAAAAGUUGCGCAGGAGAUCUCCUCUAAAAGUCCCCCAGCAAAAGGUGUUGAAGCUCCAGCGACGGCAGAGGUCGCGCAGACAUCUGCAGAAUCUCCCAGCCUGAGAGCUCCUCCCGGAUCAUGGAGGGAUCAGCCAUUCAAGAUCACUCCAGCACACUGCACAGAAAGUCAAGCAUCACCUGGUGGUCACUCCGUGGGAAGCCUUGUUGGGCUCAGUUCUGGUCCACAUAGCUGUGAAAAGCAGCAGAGUGGGAAGAAUGAAGACAGCCUAGGUCCAGAUUCAAAUCUGAGCACAUGCACUUUGGCCUCUGUGCCUGUGAAAGAGUGGACACUUGAGAGAAUACAACAGCUGGUGAAUUUGUUUCAUGAUUGUGUAGCUCGUGAUCCAGGGUGUUAUGGGGUGGAGGAAGUAGCAAACCAGCGCUGGGCUGUUAGAAAUGAUGAGCCUUUAGAUCCACGUGAAUCUGAUCAUGAAAUUGAGUCAAUUGUGAACUUCUGGAGCUCUGGCAUCACUCUGGACCAACAGUCUGUAAUAUUUUCUGAAGUAAAGCCUGAUUGUUUUGAAAAAAUAGCCCCACAUUGCAUAACUGUUGGACCCAGUGCUGUUCCGUGUGUUGUAGAGGAGUACAAGUCCACAUGGUUAAAUCUCAACGAGAAGCUUGAUGAUAUAGAUAAAGAGUGUGGCUUUCCUCUCUGCCUGCUGCUCAAAUACCAGAUGACUGAAACAGAAAGCAGUACAUCACACGUCCAAGAGAUGCAGAACUUGGAAGCUGCUUCACUCACUACCUGUGAACAGACAGAGGAUUUGGCGCCUCCUGCAGAAACUGAGAGUGCUAACAUUGAGGAUGCCCUGUGUAAUACCCAGGUCACAGUUGUACAACCUGGCAAUGAGAUCUUCAGUGUGAUUCUGAAUGAAUCUGGUAAAGAGGAGCUGAAAGGCAGUCCACCUGUGGAAACUCCAGUCCAGCGAGAAGUGAUCCCUGAGAACUACUGCUGUCUCCUUCGCUUGCUGGAAGAUUAUACCGGUUCUCCCCUGAGCCCGAGCUGCAACUGUCAGUUCCGCUCCAAGUCGGAGAAGGAGCAUUUAACAGGCCGGACCCCUUCCACUGGAAAUGGAGGCGGACUUGUCAAAGUGUGUGCUGAGAGCUCUCCAGAGCAGUUACCAGGGGCAGGGGACCUCCCUCGAGUAACUGAGCCACAAUUGCAAACUCCAGUGGCAAGCAGGGAUCUUGCACAAGUAACUGAAGUGCAAAAGGGAGAAAUGGAUUUAGGAGCUGAGCACACAACCAUUGCUGCUGUGAAGCACAAAGAGCUGAAUGGCAAAAUAUUAAGAUCGCGGUUCAAGUCUUCUCAAAAAGCUGCUCCUGAAAGGCAAGGUGAAUCUGAAGUUCCCCAUAAACGCCAAAGAGGGGAAGAUCUGACGUCUGGUAAAGGGCGGAGGCGGGACUGUGUGGUGAAGCUCCUCCAGCUCCCAGCCCCACUCAAGAGGAGCCAAAGUCACAAAGGGGAGAAUCUGGACAGGGUCGGCGGUGGAGAAUCUGGACAGGGUAGAAAGGGAGAGGUUGACCGCGAGAUUCUGAUUCCCUCUGUAGCCAAGAAAUCGCCUCCGAGUCGCAGAAGAACUGAAGGGCAAAACGCUCAAGUUGUCGUAAGCGUAGCAUCGGGCACCAGCUCUGCUGGAGGUCCUGGAAAUAAGCACGAUAAAGGACAUAAAUCAGAAGGCAGGAAGCGUGAGAGAGAAGAUGGCUUUGAUUGCCCACCAUCCAGAUUGGCUAAAUUGCAUCUUGCGGUCCACUCCUCAGCUGAUGCAAAACAAACACCAAAGGAAGAGAAAGAACCUUUAUCAAAGAAAAAGAGCUCGUCGGAAACGGGACCAGCCGGAUCAGAGAAGAGAGGGGAGAGGACAGUGAGCCUGGUGCUGUUUGGGUCCGGCUCUAAUUCAAGUCUAGAAGUCAGAAGUUCUGAUGGCAAUCUUGCUCUUAGACGGAAGAUAAACCCUCCUCCAGUGAUUGAAUUCACCAUUCGUAGCAAAAAGGACUGUGCAGAGAAGGCAGCACUUCCAAAGGAGCAUGUCCUGUUGAACAAGAACAGACUUUCUGAAGUAGGGCUUGAAGCGAAAGAAGAGAAGAAAAGCCAGACAAAAUGCUCAGGAAGGCCACAGCAGUCCAAAACCAAGCAAAGUCUUGGAAACAAGGGACCAGACAACCACAUGACAACAGAGCACCCAUCGGAAUACUCCCAAGGCUCAUUGCACCGGAGGGUUGUGGAUUUUAAGGGCACUGACAGAUAUUACAAACCGAUGGACCAACACAGACGAAAGAAGGGCUCACAGUUAAAAACAGAGAAUCCUAAGUCCUGUUCAAAGAGUGUUCUUAGCCUGAACGAGCAAAGCGAUUCAGACAUCAAGACUUGUGGAGAUGUGAAGAAAUCGGUCUUGAGGAGAAGAGCCUCACAGCACGAGCAGAAGCAAAUUGCUUUUCGCAAACUGCAGCACAAGGAGCGCACCAAGAGUCAGGGUACAGUGGCGCCCAUCUGCUUGGUCCGGAAGAGGAAGCGUCCCUCUAUCAUGCAAGAGGCUUUCACAAAAAGGGUGUCCGCUUCUGGGAGCCCCACUACGGCGGAGAAAGACAAGCUUCUGCAGUUCAAGCUGUGGCCAGACACCGGGGAUCUGUUUGGCUUUAAAGAUGAGGGCAGCUUGAAAAAGGAAAGCAGGCAACACCCCAAUUCAGUAAAGAGAGCUGGAAGUCUGAGGGAAACAGGAAUGCAGGCUGGAUCUUCAAAGCCCAAGCAAUGGAAGAUAAAAGGUUACUGGUCCCAGAGCUCAGAAGGCAGAUCACCAGAGAAAGAGCCGACGUCUCCGGGGGCGGCCUCCCCACUUCUCACGCCCUCCUCCAAGACCACUGCUGAUGCCACCUUUCAGGAGUACAAGAAGAGAUUCCUGGAGAAGGAGCUGAAGGUCGACAAGAAGUAGCUCGGCGUGCUUGCGAAGCCUGCGUUUCGGGGGCCUGAUGUAUGCAGCUGGAACGUGUUUCCAAGGGACUCCUGCUACGCGUUUCCUGGGUGGGAUUUUCUUCAGUGGAGCGUGUUUUGUUAAGAACUGGUCACAUGCUCCCCUGCGACGCCCACACACCACAUGAUCCCGCGCGUCUGAGCUGCCGGCGAGACCCCAGAGCUCUCGCCAAAGAGUGUCUGCAGAAUUCCUGCAGGGAAAUGAGACGGCACUGACAUUCCACUCAUUGCUUUCAUCGGUAACCUCACUGCCUGCACACUGGAGUGGUGCUUGUGAGUGUCUCUCUCUGUUCCCAGGCGUUAGUAUAGCUGGAGACGCUCCUCACGGGAAUAGCUUCCUGGUAGCUGUGCUUUCCCUCUUCCUCCCACUUUUCCAACACGGCCGCUGGCCGGAACAGGAAGACUGAUAUAAACUCGUCUGGCAUUAAAUUGCUUCUGCCAAGCGCGUCGCAGCAUCCUGUGCCACAGGCCUUCACGGGCAGUUGGUCAAGCUUGUCCGUGGGCUUCCGAUGCUGGGGGAGAUGAUGGGAAAUGGGAUUCAGACACACAAGGGAUCCUGGAGGAGGAUUACUGUGAUGAGAGGCCUGCGAGGGAACAGGAUGUGCAACACGCCUUCAGAUUUUCAAACGGUUGUCUUUCAGAAUGUGAAAUACCUGCGCUGCUGUACAGAUAUAAGUACAGGAAUGCACUGAACUUGCACUUCAGCCCUUCGGAAGCCUGUGGUUUAAGAGAGCUUGUCUGAAUUUGAGGAUGGAGCUUCAUUGUCAGCAAGCACACUAAAAACUUACCAGACAUAAACCCUGUCUAACUUUUGUCCAAAUGUCAAUCCAUAUUAUUCUUAAAUCUGUUUCCUGUGUGUGUAUAAAAACACAUGGAAAAAUGCCCUUAAGCUGCUCUGUUACCAGCUCCAGAAAUGCAGGACUUGGUUUUCUUCAGCAGAGGGUCAUGCAGUCCUAUGUGACCCUGGCGACGGGAGAGGGGAACGACCUGCAGACCCACUCCUUAUCUCAGGUUAUUCUCGGACUAAGUACAUACGUUCUGAAGUUCACCAGCACAGAGGGCAACCUUCAAACAAAGCAUCUGAAAACAGUCCUUUGCUUUUUAGGAAAUGCAGAAUGUCUCUCUUUGUACUUGAAGUAUUUACAAGAGUAUUUGUUUACAAGCUUGUGUGGAAACUGGUGCCAGUGCCCAGGUCAGCACGGGCUUUGACCACUGUCAGACCUUGUGAGUCUGCUCUCAUCGUGGGAUUCUUUUUAUUUUUCACGCUAAAACUAUUCAGGAACAUGUUUGUUAAAUGCUGAUUGUAUAUACAUAUUGUGAACGGUGGUGUUCUGCAACUAUUUUUGUAUAAAACAACUUGCCAGAAAUAAAUUUUUAUAUUUCACUUCA